AUGAGGUUACAAUACUCAGACAAUCUGCUACUACAAGAGAAGACUAUCCUACAGAACUUGGAGACAUGGCCACUUAUUGAGGAAAGUAUCCUCAAACAGAAGGCUAGAGUGAAAUGGAUCAAUCUAGGAGAUGCCAAUACUAAGUACUUCUCUACUGUCAUGAAAGAGAGAAGUCAAAGAAAGCAGAUACUAGAGAUCUAUACUGACGAUGGAAUGAAAUUGGCUACUCCUACUAAUAUUAAGGAGGAGAUAGUUAAAUUUUAUAAGAGCUUGAUAGGAACUGAUGUUGCAUCUUUUCCUUCUAUCAACAAGGAAACUAUGAAAAAUGGACCUAAGCUUACUCAUGAACAACAGUUGAGCUUAUGUGUGGAAGUAACAGAGGAAGAGAUAUAUGCAGCACUGUGUGCAAUACAUGAAGAUAAAGCCCCUGGAGUGGAUGGAUAUAAUUCUUGUUUCUUCAAAAGAGCAUGGCCAAUAAUCCAAAGUGAUGUAGUGAGAGCAAUUUAG